AUGAAACGGCUGGCCCGGUUGUGUACGCCAAGGGAGGAUGGAUCGUACAAGAUACCACAGGAUGUUAUCAACACUUACAAGAACAUCGAAACUAGGGAGGAAGUCUACCGGAGCUUCGAGAAGUGUGGUUGCGUGCUGUUCUCGAAAAGAAUCAACCGAAAGUACGAAGAGAUCAACGAGAAAUCGGUGGAAACCGAGUUCGGAUUCCUGACAGAACAGGAAAUGGAAGAGAAAGGCUGGAGCGAGAAGAAGAUCAAGGGCGCCAAGAAAAGCUGUGAGAAACGGCCCGGAUGGAAGAGGAAGUCUGAAUACUGCGAUGAGUGGAUGUACUGGGUGGCUGUGAGGGUCAAGGGCUCCAACAAGAAAACCAAGAGGCACACUGUGGCCGAGAUUCUCGAAGGUGAGGAUCAGGGAGACGGCCAGGAUCCAGAGGAGGCCAUGAAGGAGUUCCCGCACGAGGGCGAUGACGAGAAUGCAGCGGCCGGAGGCUUUCCUGGGCCAGGAGAUGAUGAGUCCGACGAGGACAGCAGCGAUGAUGGUGAAGAGGCCAGCAGAAUACUCAAGAAAGUGAUGUUCCCAGAGGUUGGCAAACGACCUCAAGAGGUGCUGCUGCUCGUCACUGCAUGUCUACAGAAACGGAGCUCGAAACUCGUACCGGUUCUCCAAAAACUCGAGUCCAUGGAGAAAAACAUGCCUCUCUCGAGUUCACAGGUCAAGCAGAUGCCGGCGAACGCCGGAAGCACCCCGAAGAUCGAGCCGAAAGUGAAAGCAAAGCCAAAGCAGGCUGCAGCGAAGGGUUCCGGUGAUGAGACUGCCGGCAACUUCGGCCGAGCAGCUCAAUAUGCUGAGAUGCUGGGUGAGGGUGCUCGGUCCUCGGAUCAGGCCACUGCCAAGGACACCAAGCGGUGUCUCCGACAAAUGCAGCACCCCAACGAGCCGGAGGAGAAACGGAGACAGGCCCCGAACGAGGAGAGAGAUUGUCACACUUUCUUUAAACACUGGGGUUUAUCUUUGCCUGUGCCAAUAACGGAAAAGACCUUCGUGCUGGAGGACAGAGAGAAAGCUGAGACUGCAUUUAUAAAAGUGCAAGACUGGUUGCUGUAUCUCUUGAAACGCAAUCGCUCAUUGCUCGCUGGGGGCAACGAGUCUUUGGAGUUCCAACUGCAGGCCUACUGGAUGGCUUACAGGCAGACUCACAGCACCCAUCCGGUGUUCGAUCGAGGGCUGGACCUCGGGACCACGAUUCCAUUGGCUUUUUAUUCAGAUGAAGGCAAAGGCCCGAAGCGAGGCAACUUCGUGGUGGCCUCCAUCGAGUCACCGAUAGGUUUGUGGGACGUGGCCGAGGACUUUUCUUGCACUUGCGAAGAGGAUGUGAAGAAGGCACCGCAGCAGUUUGUUCCGGGCCAGCAAGCAGCCGGCCCGUACACGCCGAUGGAGGAGGCCGCCCUCAAGCAAACCCAUACAAAUAAAGGCCACUCCUACCUCACCAGACAUGUGCUUUUCGGCCUCCCAGAUUGGGUUUACAAACACCAUCCAGAAGUUUUGGAGCAGCUGACCCAGCAGGUUGCUGACGAGCUCUCGCUGCUUUUUUCUUCGGGCCUGGAGGUUGGUGGGAAGGUUUAUACGGCUUGCCUUGUUGGGAUCAAGGGCGAUAUGAAACAAAUCGCUGAAAAAAUCGCCUAUCUCAACAGAUACUAUGCUCGUUUGGGCCCUGUGAACUACAAUGGUGUCUGUGCACAUUGCAUGGCGGGCACGAGUCCCGCUAUUCCUUUUGAUGAGCUGGCUCACGAGCCAUCCUGGGCUUCGACACUUUUCCAGCAGCGACCUUGGGACUCGACACCUGGUAUGUGCAAUGUCCCUCACGACAGCGAUGCACCGGAAAGAGUUCUGAAAUAUGACAUGUUCCAUCUUUUCAAAGUUGGGCUUGGACGAGAUAUUUGUGGCUCCCUGGUUUUUUUGGCUCGCCUUGGAUAUUACGAUGAUCCGAAUGGCGGCGAUGAUGCAAAUAUCAAGUCGAGGCUCAACCGCUGCUUCUCCCAUUUCAAACUGUGGCGACUGGCAUCCCACAAGACAGCAGCUGUACGAUACUUUUCGAAAUCUCUGUUCAAUCUGAAACGGUUGACCGACUUCGCAUGGGCGAACACCAAGGGUUCGGAUACCAUGCUCUUGUUGGAAUAUCUCAGCUUCUAUGUGACGAUCUUGCUGAGAAGACCCAACUUGCCUGCCGCACAUGCUGUUUUGUUUCGUGUUCUGAAGAAGACGAUCCUGGAGUCGCAGAAGGCCUUCACUUUGAUGUACAAACAUGGUCUGUGGCUGAGGAGGGCAUGUGCCCAAAAUCUUUAUUUGAGGUUGAUGUCCGUACUGUCGGGCUACCAGCAUCUGGCUCAGCAUGCUUUGACGAUGAGGAUGCCGUUUUUUGCGCUGAAACCCAAAUUCCACGGCAUCCACCAUGUGGCAUAUGAGAUCCGACAAGCAUUGCUGGCCAAUGCAAAGCUCAUCCCGAACCCCAUCAUGUGGGGGUGUGAGCAAGGAGAGGACCUUAUCGGUCGAGUCUGUGCUCUAUCGAUCAAAGUUUCGGUGACAACGAUCAGCAAGCGGGUUCUGCAGAGACACUUCCUGAAAAAGGCAGCUCUCAUCAGGAGGCACCGACAGCUCCGAUCCAGCCGAAAGCUGCGGCUCUGA